GAUUUUCUUGACCGUUGGAUCAGACUCUCUUCAGAUUACCCAACAAACCCACACCAAUAUACAAUAUAUGAAUAAAUAAUCAUUAAAGUACAAGGAUGGAACCGUUUAACGAACUCCAUACAAACCAAACCAUUUCAUGUGUUUUGUUGUGUGUGUGUAUAAGUUUACACGCAUAUGAUCAUCCUGAUCUUAGAAUGGGCAACGCAAUCGGUUCCCGGAAGCUGGAAACGGCUGCGAUGGCUGGCGGAAAAGUUGUAUUAUCCGACGGAAGAGUACAAAACUUAGAGGAAGAGACAACGGUAGCUGAGAUCAUGCUGGAGAAUCCUCAUCACGUCGUUGUCGAGUUCGAUCCUUCAUCGAUAACAUUCAACAAGGAUGGGAAGACGGUGAAGAAGAAGCUGACUCCCUUACCGGCGGACAACACACUCGAGCCGGGAAAAAUCUAUCUGGUCCUCCCCGCCAAAAGAAGCGGAGGUAGCGGCGGUGGAGCCAAAUCAUCAUCAUCAUCCUCGGCGGUGAUGACGUCAGAGGAGAUACGUAAAAUGCUGUUUAGCGCCACGGCGAUGGUAAGGUCAUCGUUUAGCUACUAUGAAGGGAUUCUCCCUUGGUUUACUACUAGAAGUUAUAAUAAUAGUAAUAGUCCGGCGGUUGAUGCGGUGGUUGCUGCAACGUCUGUUGGAAAGUUGGAGGCGGAGGAGGAAGGGAGGCCGGAGUUUUUGAGCAGGCAACUAUCGGGAAGAGGGUGGAAACCAAGCUUGGAUCCUAUCAAGGAGAAGAAAGCAAAGAAGAAAAUCCAUCAACUGUUGUCGUUUUAGUUACGGCGUCGUUUCACUGUGUAUCCCUUUUCUUUGUGUUUUGUUUCUGCAUGUGCUCUAGUCGUAAAUUAUUUCGUUACGUGCGUGUGUGUAUGUACGCCGGUCACGAGAAACUCACGUGAACCCUAAAACUAUUUUAUGCAGUUAAAAAAAAGUUGUUGUU